CUCGCUUCCGUAAUAUGGUGGCAAAACAAUGCUAGUGUAACGACAACUGGUUAAAUUGAUGUCGCCAACGGGGGCAUUAGGUUUACACAUUUCGUUGAGAUAUGAAGUUUGAUCACUGUAUUAUAUCGCUCACCUCCACGAAAAUGCUCAAAAUAUUUUUUUUUUCGGGGGAGGGUGGGCAGUGUAUGGUUAUAAUGUUUUGAUUUCCGCUUUAUAUCUUUUAGUUCGUGUAACUUGACGCUGUAGGGGUGUCUCCUGGUUUCGUGGCCCAUUGAAGUGUUGAGCUAACAUUUAUUGGCUUAAAACGCAAAGAUUAGUAUGUAUAAAAUGUCGUAUUUACUAACCGCACUUCUUGGUGCAGUCCUCUUCUCUGCACAGGCGUGUGGGAAAACCGUCAUGGGAUUUUUUAAAACCGAAGUAGCGAGGCAGCAUAAAGGCCAAUUCAUCACUAAAUUCAUGUAUCAAGGUGAUGAUGGUUUGCUGGUGUGUCAGUUGGACAACCCCUCACUGGCUGUAGAAAUGGAAUCUCGACUGCUCCUCUACGCAAAUGUGAACGAGAAUUGGGACAACCUCAGCUGCUCCGAAAGGCUCACCCGCGCCCAGUUCACCAUAUCUCUCAGUCAAGAAGAGCACAACCAAACGAUUCCCCAGCAGUCCUCUCCUGCACUGUGGCACGCUCUCUAUGCAGACCGAUACACAUGCCAGGAGGCGAGCGUGAUUCCUUCUCAUGGUGAGCUGAGGUUUACUGUUCUCCUGUUUAAUGCUGAUUCUGCAGGAAACCCGCUGGACCAUUUUAGUGCAGAGGAGGCCGGUCUUCACACCUUUUACUUCCUCCUGCUGCUGGCGUACUUUGUAGCUUCGUGUAUCUACAUUAAGCCUCUUUACCAGGCUCUGAGGAAAGGCGGUCCCAUGCACACGGUCCUGAAGGUGCUGAGCACAAGUCUGGCCUUGCAGGGCUGCUCUGCCCUUUGCAACUACAUUCACAUGGCCAGGUACUCUCGAGAUGGCGUGGGUAUUCCACUGAUGGGCAACCUGGCAGUGUUCUGGGCGGCGGCAGCCCAAGUGUCAACGCUGUACACGUUAUUGAGCCUAUGCGCGAGCUGGUCCCUGAGUCGAGGCCGGAAGCCUCAGUCACGCCCUCUGCAGUGGGAGCAGUCUCCGGCGUCCAUGGCCGUCGCCUCGUGCGGAGUCGUCUUGCAGGGUGCGCUUCUGCUGUGGGAACAAUACUCUGCAUCUGAGGGCCAGCAUCCCAGCCGUCGGAGUCUUGCAAGCAUUCUCCUCAUUGCCCUAAGGGUGACGCUGGCCCUCCUGCUUGCCUCUAUUCUCUACCAGAUCAUCUCGACAGAGAGGAGCACCCUAAAAAGAGACUUCUACCUCUGCUUUGCCAAGGGAUGCGUCCUGUGGUUCCUCUGCCAUCCCUUCCUCGUCCUCACGUCCGCCAUCUUCAACGAGCACCAGAGGGAGAAGGUGGUCACCAUUGGUGUGAUUCUGUGUCAGUCCAUCUCCAUGGUGAUCCUCUACCAGCUGUUUCUGUCUCGUUCCCUCUACUGGGAAGUCUCUGCGCUGUCCUCAGUGUCCCUACCACUCACUAUGUCCAGAAACAACCAGAGGGGGCGCUACUGAGUACAUGCUCUGGCUGUUAUGUGUACCUGGUUUACAGCGCUCUGGUCCCCUCCUGCCGCAUCCGAAGACUGACAGGUUCAAGAGGCAGAGAAGACAGGAGGCGUCAUGACCACUGCGAGGAAUGCUCGGAUUUAGCUGUUUUCUGUGCAAGCAUGGACGCAACAGGCGUAAGCGCAUCUGCUCCAUUCCAGGGAAUAAAGGCGGGACUAAAAGACAAAGACCACCGUGGAAGAGAGACAACAAGAACAGAAAACAGAAUGACUUGUAUAUCUCUAGUUGUUUACUUUCCGAGAUAGAACAUACACUUUUCAACGCUGGGACUCAGAGCUGGUACUAUAUCAACUAUAAUGUAUGUUUUUGGAGGUUCGUUUUCUUUUUCUCUUGAAAGUUUAUCUCACAGUCUUCAUCAUUAAUCUGUAAACCUUUUUAGCAAGUUAAGCUAUUUGGAGUAGCAGAAUGCAUGACAUUCAGAAUUGCCACCUCAUUUCAGACCAAACCUUUUUUGUUUCUGUUGAAGAUUGUGACUUUAUGUACAGUUCAAGAAAAUGUUGUUUACAACAUGUGGAAAUAUGUGACCUGAAAUAAAGGACUUC